AUGUCGUUCGUUGGCUCGCGGCUCAGGUCGCUGGGCCACAGUAAGCAAGCUCAAGUCGUGCUCUUCUCUUCCACCGCCAUUGCAUUGUACGGCUAUGACCAGGGCAUGAUGUCCCUGAUCAAUACCAACAAUGACUACCUCUCUCGCAUGCGCAUCUCUGGUGAUUCGCCGCUCGUUGGUAUCAUUGUCUCUGUCUACUAUCUGGGAUGCUCCGUCGGCGCCGUCUUCUUCUCGUGGUUUGCCGAUCAAUUCGGCCGCAAGCGCGCCAUCUUUCUGUGUCUAGCAACCGCCAGCUUAGGAAACUUUAUCAUGUUCAUCGCUGGUCUAGGUGGCAUGGGACAGGCGCUCGCCGUCAUGUUUCUCGGACGUGUCAUAAUGGGUCUAGGCGUCGGCGGCAUCGACAGCGUAAUACCUGUCUACAGCGCUGAACUGGCCGAGACCGAGAAGCGAGGAAGAGCCAUGGGCCAGGAAUUCCAGAUGAACAUUUUUGGUUUAUGCAUGGCAUUCGGCAUAAACUUGGCCGUGACCGUUACCUUGGGCAAGGAGAACCAAUGGGCUUGGCGCAUUCCCAUUGUCGUCAUGCAAGCCUACCCCGUACUCCUUCUUGCAUGCAUCGAGCUUCUGCCGGAAAGCCCCAGAUACUACAUUUAUCAUGGGCGAGAGGACGAUGCAAAAAGGGCGUGUCAGGAAAUUGACCCCCAGGGCGGCGAGAAGAAGUUUGAAGACUUGAAAGAGAGCCAUGAGCGGGAAGCGGAUCAGGAGGUCUCUUAUUUCAACAUGAUCACGCCCGGUCAUCCCCAGUUCCACCCAACCAUGGUCACCAUCAUGUGCCAGAUCAACCAGGCCCUUACUGGUUACGGAGCCGUGUCCGUCUACGGUCCUCAAAUCUUCGAGCUGCUUGGAUUCGGUGUUCGAGACGCCGAAUACUUGACAAUGGGCAACUACACGUCCUACCUUUUUCUCAUGACCUUCGCCUGGCUGCUCAUUGACGCCGUUGGCAGGCGUAAGUUAUUGCUUGGCGGCAGCAUCGUCUUAACCUUCUGUUUCCUUCUCCUUGCCAUCUUCGGAGGCCUGGCCAUGAACUCCCAAGGGAGUCCAUCCUCCCUUGAUGUUCCCACUCUUGCUUUUUCCAUCCCAGGGAUCGUUACACUUUAUGUGGCUACCGGUGCCUUCGGUAUUGGGUGGCUGGCUACUGUCUGGUUGAUACCCACCGAGAUUUACCCCACAACCGCUCGCGCACAAGCCGCUGCCAUCAGCGUCAUCAUCUGGGGCCUCGCCAAUUUCACCAUCACGCUGCUGACGCCCAUCAUGUUCAACAAUCUGCGCUACUGGCUCUUCCUCGUCUUUUCCGUCUCUAACGCCAUCGCUGGCCUGUGGACGUGGGCGUACCUCCCUGAGAGUGGUGGCCGGAGCUUCGAGGAGAAUCAGCGAUUCUUCGACGAUGCCGCGAAGGAGGGCACGUGGCAAGUCCGGAAGAUUGAAGGUGGUGCUUACCUGAGAAUGCCGUAUCCGCACAGCGGAGAGGAGGAGAGGGGAGAGAGGGAGCCACUCUUGCAGAGGGUCAGGGAUCAAAUUCCUUGA